UGUCACUCCCCUGAGCUAGACUCCCAUUGAGGAGGGAUCUUCUGCGCUUUGGUCCAUCAAUGAAGGAAAGAACGUCAUCUGUUUCAUACAUUUAGUUAGCUGCCAAAUACGUUGUUUUUUUUUCCACAAUAAGUAGCUAGUAUUUUUGUUUUUAUCUAACAACACAGUUCUCACAGUACUAUCUCUUUUGGGUGCCAAACAUGCAUAAAAAAGACCACAGUCAGUGCCGAGAAAUGUUGAAAGGGGAAUUCGUGUAAAACGCUAGCCUAGCUAUCUUGUUCAGCUAGCUAGCUUAAAUUCUGGUCAACUAGCUAGUUCCAGAAAAAUCCAAACACAAAUAGCCAAGUAUAGAAACCUUCCAUUGCAUCCAGAAGAGGGGCUAUUUUAAGCACACACUUCUCCGAAAACGCACUGGCCUAAGCCAUGGGGGCGUUCCUGGACAAGCCCAAGACUGAGAAGCACAACGCCCAUGGCGAGGGCAACGGCCUCCGCUACGGCCUGAGCAGCAUGCAGGGCUGGCGGGUGGAGAUGGAGGACGCCCACACGGCCACGGUGGGCCUCCCCCACGGCCUGGACGACUGGUCCUUCUUCGCGGUAUACGACGGCCACGCCGGCUCGCGCGUCGCCAACUAUGCCUCCAAACACCUGCUGGAGCACAUCAUCGCCCACAGCAUGGGGCCCCCGGGCCCGGAGGGCCUCAACCCAGCCCCGGCCGUGGAGACCGUCAAGACGGGGAUCCGUGCCGGCUUCCUGAAGAUCGACGAGCACAUGAGGAGCUUCACUGACCUGCGCAACGGUAUGGACCGCAGCGGCUCGACGGCCGUGGGGGUGCUGCUCUCGCCGGAGCACCUCUACUUCAUCAACUGCGGUGACUCGCGGGCCGUCCUGUACCGCAACGCCCACGUGUGCUUCUCCACCCUGGACCACAAGCCGUGCAACCCGCGGGAGAAGGAGCGCAUCCAAAACGCCGGUGGCUCGGUGAUGAUCCAGAGGGUCAAUGGAUCGCUGGCCGUGUCGCGGGCCCUCGGGGACUACGACUACAAGUGUGUGGACGGGAAGGGUGCCACCGAGCAGCUGGUGUCCCCGGAGCCGGAGGUGUUCGAAAUCCCGAGGGCGCCGGAGGAUGAGUUCGUGGUUCUAGCCUGCGACGGCAUCUGGGACGUGAUGAGCAACGAGGAGCUUUGUGAGUUUGUCAAGUCCCGUCUGGAGGUGUCCCACGACCUUGAGAAGGUCUGUAACCAGGUGCUGGACACCUGCCUGCACAAGGGAAGUCGGGAUAACAUGAGUGUUGUGUUGGUCUGCUUGCCAAACUGCCCUAAAGUGUCAGAGGAGGCGGUAAAAAAAGAUGCGGAGCUCGAUCAGUUCCUGGAGACACGCGUGGAAGAGAUCAUUGAGAAGUCAGGGGAGGAGGGUAUCCCGGACCUGGUGACAGUCAUGAGAAACCUGUCCUCAGAGAGCAUCCCCAACCUGCCACCAGGGGGAGGCCUCGCCAGCAAGCGUAGUGUUAUUGAAGCAGUGUACAACCGGCUGAACCCCCACAGGGAAGAGGAUGGGAUUGGAACCAGCCUGGCAGAAACAGGACAAGCAACGAAAGCCGUCAGGAAACCUCGGGGACAGCCUUCCUGUAUCAUUUGAAUGGAGCAGACCUUGAGGACUCCUGGUAGCUGCCCAGCAGAACCGCCUGUUCCUUAUACACAAGACAUCUUAACUCACUUUGUCCCUUUUAUUUUUCCUGCGAUACCAAGAGAUCAAUUGGACCAUAAAUGCAGAUUUAAAAACUGUCAACACACAACCCAACUAAAACAAUUUCAAAUCUUUUGUGAUUAAAAACAAAUUCAAAGGGGAGUUGGAAGAAAUACUACCGUGGUAGUGAAAAGAGUUUAAACAGUAUAUAUUAGAGAAAUAAAGAUCACCCCCAUCCCAACCCACCCCCACCCCCCUUCCACCUUCUUUGCUGUUUUGUGGUUGUUGUCUUUUUGUGGACUGAUGAAGAUAUGAGACGAUGGCCCUAGUUGGGGCAUUUUUUUGGCCGGUCUCUGUACACUCUCUGGUGCCUUUAUCCCCAAAGCUGAGGAUGGAGGAGAUGGCUAACAGCCAUUAACUGACCAGGCCCUAAGGCCCCCCUGGGCCCUGCUUCCAGACACAAGGGGCCCUGCCGGGGACCGCCACUGACUCUUCUUUUGGCCUGUGGCUGCGUGGCCAGACUUUGCCACUGGGACUUCAGAUUGAAAAAGGCGAACGUGGACAGGUGUGGCUAGCUGCAUUCUAAGGCAUUACUUCUUUCAGAAGGGUUGGGAGACUAACUGCAUUUUUGCAACUUUUCCUUUCCUUUUCUCUUCAACCAACAAAAUAGCCCACUGAGAGACAGCUGACCCUUGCAUUGACAGACUGCCUCAACAAGCAUUUCACGUGUGUGUCUCCAUAAGCUUUCUAGCCUGCUGUUGUUCAUGACAAAUUGAAAAUAUAUAUAAAACCCGUAUAUAUUUUUGAUUUAUGCUAAACACAAGAGAGAGAUGUCAUCCAAGGUGUCAGAUAUGGUCUACUGUGUCUGUCAACAUGAGGAAGUUGCCGGCCUGGUUUCGGGGUGAAGCAGAGAUCUUAACUGUCACAGGGUAUGAAGUAUGAUGUGAUGUGAUAUUUACACACGUGCACAAACCAGCCGCCCCAGGACUCUUGAGGUUAUGGGCUAAAGGGAUUCUAACAGCCCGCCAAAGCCUCACUACUAAUUUCUUCUUUUUUGCACCUCUUACUCAUUUAGCCUGUUUUCUGUCCUUCCUUCCUUCCUUCCUUCCAGUCUCCCUAAAAUGCAGAUAAACUCUUGCUUCAACUUGCCUUUUAUUUGACUUUUUGCGGGGGGGGAGGUAAUAUUGUAUAAAAUGUGUGGUUUUUCUUUAUUUUUUUGUUUAGAGAUUUCUAGGCAAUUAUGAGUUCACCUUUGUAUUUUCAUUUUCAAAUGCUGUUUAAUAGUGUAAUAUGCCUGUUGUUUCACCGCAUUCUCUACAUUUCUAUAGAAAUUGGUUGUAUGAAAAAAACCAAAACAUUAAAUGUGUUGAAAUAAGAAGUCUGAGGGUGAUUUGCCAUGCCAGCGAGCGGAGCAGGGCUGAGGGAGGGGUGCUGGCUCUUUGUCUGGGCUUCUGACCUAGCAACAAUUAUCUGGUACACAAGCUUUGGGUGCCAUGUGAUGAUUAGGUACUUGAAUGUUGUGUGUGGUUCUAUUUUUGCAAUAACAUUGAUUUUCAUGAGAUUAUUGAUAUUUUUGGGUUGAUAUACAAUUAUUAUUAUUUUUUUUUAGAUGUGCAUGUAUUGUGUUGGAGGUGAGGGGGUAUGUGGGGUAGGAUCGGGGGGUACACCCGAUCAAUGGGUAUAUAUUAAGCUAUAGCAGACACUGGGUUUAGGGGGUGGUCGGCUGCUUUGAAUGUAAUUCACCUUCGCACUCCACUGCACAGGCUGAGCGGGGCUGGGUACGGGCUCGGGAGGCGUUCUUCCCCUGGUUAUUUGAUGACAGGCUGAGUGGGGCUGGGUACAGGCUCGGGAUGCGUUCUUCCCCUGCUUAUUUGAUGGAAGGCUGUGCGGGGCUGGGUACGGGCUCGGGAGACCUUCCUUCCCUGGUUAUUUGAUGACCGGCUGUGCGGGGCUGGGUACGGGCUUGGGGAGGCCUUCUUCCCUGGUUAUUUGAUGACAGGUGUUAACUCUCGUGUUUGGUUUUUGUUUCAUUGGAAUAUAAAGUUCCAGGUGGGGUUGUAUAAAUACCAUGUUUUUUCUCCCUCAACUUCCUCUCCAACUGUAGCAAUUUGCCAGGCCGCCCCCUGUCACUACUAGCUAUAAAGAUUGAAAAACAUGACUGAUCCCUAUGUUUUGGGGGCUGGAAAUUAACUUUGUGAUUUAGUGCCCACGUCGUACAUCCUGAUUUACCUUUUUUGUAUAUCUCCAAGUAUUGAUAUAUAUAUAGAAUGAUAAUUUCCACCUUUUAUUUAUUCCUGAUUUUAGCCUUUUUAAUGAGAAGUGCUGUAUUUGAGAAUAAUGACAUGAUUAUGAUGUGUGUAGGUGUGGCUGGUUUAGCCCCGCCCCCUCUGCAGGGUCACCAGAGUGACGAGGGUCAUGAAGGGUUCAGGGGUUGAUCCUGGGUUUUCACCAUACCUCCACCUUGUACUGAUAGUUCCCAGUAUGAUAUUGUGAUGUUUCAGACCAUACCGUGAACAUAAUAUUCAAUAAAGGAUGGAUACAUUUAGAUGCCAUUA